GGAUUUCUUGUCGUCACCCUCUGUUUUGAAUGCUUUGGUAAGUACUCAUUGUGACCCAAAUGUGAAUUCUCACGUUUUGAGCUGGCUUGUGAUAUCCUAUGCAAAUUUGAGGAUGAUCCCCAAACAUGCUAUCCAAGUGUUUGAGCAUAUGAGGGUGCAGGAUGCAUGGCUUCAAACCUUAUUUGCAUGCUUGUACCAUGCUUUUGAACUCUUUGGUGAAAGAGAGGUCGACUCAUAUGGUCUGGAACUUUAUAAGAAGAUGGUUAGACUUCAAGUUGUUGCAAAUAUACAAGUAGUGAAUGACCUCAAGAAAGCUUUGAGAUUGCGUGAGGCAGUGGAGGCCAAGGGUUUGUGUCCCAGUGUUGUUACAUAUAAUUCAAUUAUUCGUAAGUUGUGUGAGGAAGGCAUAAUAAGGGAUGCUAAUAGGAUUUUGAAUGAGAUGAGUGAUAAGAAUGUUGAACCUGAUAGUAUCACUUGUAACACAUUGAUAAAUGCUUAUUCCAAAAUAGGAGAUGUGAGGUCAGCAAUGGAAGUAAAGAAUAAGGUAUUGGAGGCAGGAUUGAAGCUGAACCAGUUUACUUUCAAGGCAUUAAUUCACGGGUUUUGCAAGGUUUAGGAUUUGGACUGUGCUAAAGAGCUCUUAUUUGGCAUGCUUGAUGUAGGCUUCUCUACCAUUUAUUGUACCUACUCUUGGCUUGUUGAUGGAUACUGCAACCAAGACAAUGAAGAAGCAAUUAUAAAACUCCUGGAUGAGUUUAAUGGAAGAGGUCUUUGCCUUGAUGCCUCAAUAUAUAGGUCAUUGACAA